UGACCGGAAAACACUGUUAACAUUGUAAACAAUAAAACAUUCAUAGAUAGAUCUAUCUAUAGAGAUUGAGGCUCUUACAUUCUAUUUAUUGACACAUUAAUCAUUAAGAACAAUUUUGAAGUGCUGAAUUAAUAUUUUACAAAUUUUAAAAUGACACUGUAUCAGUUUUUGACUAAAUCUAGCUAUUUCAUUAAACCGCUAGGUAGCCAAUCUCAAAAGAAGAUUCAAAUAACCAAGACGAUUUGUCGAGCUGUUUCAACUACACAACAGACAACGGGAGCUCAGAGUUCUCUGCUUGAAUGUGAGACUCAAGAGAAUAUCUCAAAUGAUGAACUAUACUUAAAUGAAAUAUAUAGAUCUAUUCCAUUUUCUCACGCAAAAUUGGGAAAGUUUUAUCAGGAUCGGCCAGCCUUGGAGAACCAGUAUACUCAAGAUGCAUUUUUAAGAAGUUUUUUGCGUCGGCAUCUGCCAAGUAAACAUUUUAAGUUGGUUGAUGAAGAUCUAAACAGAUUUGGAAACCGUGUAACUAAAGAUAUCUAUGAACUCUCUUUACGACUAGAGGCAGAACAACCUAAGUUGGAACAAAUAGAUGCGUGGGGAAAACGAACAGAUAAACUUAUUCUGUCGACAGCUUGGCCACAAAUGAAAGAGAUUGCUGCAGAAGAAGGAAUGAUUGCAUGUGGCUAUGAAAGAAUAUUUGAUGAAUGGAGUCGGCUGUACCAGAUAUCUAAAUUUUAUCUGUUUGAGCCCUCUGGUGGUUUGUUUGGUUGUCCUCUGGCCAUGACCAAUGGAGCAGCCAAAACUUUAGAGGUAUUGAAAGAUAAGCAUUCCUGGGUUUAUGAUAAAGCAUUCUCUCGGAUGAUUAGCAGAGAUCCUAACACCUUCUGGACAUCUGGACAGUGGAUGACAGAGAAGCAAGGAGGCUCAGAUGUUGCUAGGGGCACAGAGACCAUUGCAGUCCCACAGAGUGAUGGUUCCUACAAGUUGUAUGGAUAUAAGUGGUUCUCCUCCUCCACUGACGCAGAUAUCUCUUUGACACUUGCAAGAGUUGUGGAUAAAAGUGGUUCAGUGAUUGAGGGCACUAAAGGCUUGUCAUUGUUCUACCUAGAAGUCCGGGAUGAGAACAGCAUAAUGAACAACAUUCAGAUGCUGAAACUCAAAAAUAAGCUGGGAACAAAACAACUGCCAACUGCAGAAUUGUUGAUAGAUGGAGCUAGGGCUUUUAAGAUCUCUGAAGAUGGUCGAGGCGUAGCUUCAAUGGCAAAUAUGCUGACAAUGACCAGAAUACAUACAGCAAUGGGAGCUGCUUCUUCUAUGAGAAGAAUGGUUAAUUUGGCGAGAGAUUACUCUACUAGACGAAAAGCUUUUGGUAAAAUUCUUCACCAGCAUCCACUUCAUGUCAACACUCUGGCAUUUAUGGAAAUAGAAACAAGGGCCGCUACCAUUCUAGUUCUGGAAAUAGCACGUUUGUUGGGCAGGCAAGAGGUGCUUGGCAAAGGGAAAGAACUAGAAGAUGAGGCAGAAGUUUUAAGGCUUAUUGUUCCCCUGGCCAAGCUGUAUGUCUCAAAGCAGGCUGUUUCUGUCUUGUCUGAAGGCUUGGAGUGUUUUGGUGGUCAAGGCUACAUUGAGGACACAGACUUGCCAAGAAUGUUGAGAGACACACAGGUUAAUGCUAUCUGGGAAGGCACCACCAACAUCCUGUCUCUUGAUGUUCUAAGAGCCAUCACUAAAUCCUCUGGUACUGUGCUGAAGUGUUACCACGAAGACGUCACACGGCGCAUUCAAGCUGGAAGAUCCAAUGCUGAGCUCCAAGAAGCCGUGACAGCUGUACAACAGUCUGUUAACAACGUUCUAGGUUUGGCUUCUAAACUGUCUCCAGAUUUAGUGGAAAUGGCGGCUAGAGAUUUUGCUUUUAGCCUUGCAAGGAUUUACAUGGGUGCUCUUCUCCUAGAACAUGCCUGUCACACUGAUGCUACCCAAAUGGACAUUGUCACUGCCAAGAGGUGGUGUGAGAAAGAUUUGGCUCCUCUCUGCACUCAAGGUGGACAUCAAAAUUUCACACAGAAGUCUAUGGAACAAAACUUGGCUUUAGUCUUUGAUGGCUACCUCCACCCAAGCCGUCUCUGAACUCUUUCUUUUGAUGUCUUUGAACUCUUUGUUUUUGAUGUCUAUGAACUUUUUGAUUUUAAUGUCUCAAUCAUUUGUUUUUGAUGUCUCAAUUAUUUGUUUUUGAUGUCUCUGCAACACUUUGUCUUGAUGUCUAUGAACUCUCUUUUGAUGUCUUAAAUAUUUGUUUUUUUUUGUCUAUGAACUCUCUUUUGAUGUCUAAUAUAUUUGUUUUUUGAUGUCUAUGAACUCUUUCUUUUGACAUCUUCACUGACAUUAUAGUUUUUUAUUUAUUUUUGUUAACCAUUCAUUUAUUCACAUUGUCAUCAAAAUGUUUAAGCCAAGCCACAUUUAAAGAAGAAAAAAGUACAGAAUCAUUUUUAAGGGCUUCUAACAGGGUGGUCAAAUAAAUGGGUAAUACUUUCCAGGGAAUAAUAACAAUUGGUUCAGGAAAAAGAAUUUUAAAAAAAAAUUCAGCUUCAGAAAAACUAAACAUUUUUGUAAUUGUUAAAAAUAUUUAUUUAAUCUAAUUAAUUUAUAAUAGGUCCAAUCUUCUCUUUGACUAUUUGUCUUAAUUAUUGAGGAUUUGUUUAAAUGUGUGCUUUGUAGAUUCAGUAGGACUCUGACAUAUUUAGAAAAUAUCACAGUAACAUGAGGGGGGCAUGAUGACUGAGUGGUUACUUGCUUGGCUUCCAAACCUCGGGUCCUGGGUUUGAAUUUCAUUGAAGGCUUGGAUUUUGAAACUCAGCAUUUUUUAGGGCGCCCCUGAGUCCUACCAGCUCUAAUGGUUAUCUGACUUGAGUUAGUGAAAGUUAAGGUAGUUUGUCAUUGUGCUGGCCACAUGACACCCUGCUUGUUAACCAUUGGCGACAGAAACAGAUGACCUCAACAUCAUCUGUCCUGAAAGGGGAACUGUUGUAGUAACAUGAUGCUGUUAUGUGAACAGAAAGAGUUCAUGACUUUAAUAGUUCACAGACUGUUUUGUUUGUAACUUGCCUUCAAUUCAUUUAAGAGUAAUUUACCUACAAGAAUGUGCCUCCAUUAUCCUAUGUUUGUUGACCAUCUUUUAUUGUGGCUUAGUAUGGUAAUGUUUUAAUGCUUAUCAUUUAUUAACGGCCCCACAAAGCGGGAAAAGCUGCAAUUAGUUUUGCGUGGUAUGUCUGUCCAUACAUUGGUCCAUCACCUUGUGAUCCUGUGUUAUUGAUAGAAAAGUAAUACUGCAAACCUCUGUGUGAAAGUUAAUGUUGUGUUAUUCUGUAAUUAUAUUUUAUCUAUAAUGUAAGAACCCAGCCCAGAUUUGAAGUACAAUGUGCCAUAACAUUUAUACAAUAUUUCUUUUUGUCCAUAAAACAUUUUCUUCUUUUUUUUAUGGAACAUUUGUUAUCAAUACAGUUGUGAUGUAAUUUAUUUUGUAAUUUUGGUCUCUGUACUGGUAUUAUGCAUGCUUAUACACCCACUUGGUAUUCUGCUGAAGAUUAUAAGGGAAAUAACUGUCUUCAUAGUCCUUUAGUAGACAACUACAACUACAAUCUAACAGAGUCCCCUUUUGUGCAUCAAUUGCAUUACGCAAGAACUGACAGUAAUUAUGUUUCUUGUAGAUAAUUUUGAAAAAUUAUUUGGAAUGUAUCAGAUUUGAUAAUAGUAUUGAGUGUCAUAUAGUCUCCUUCAGUUUUGGAGCAUCCAUAGAUUAUCUAUAGAAAUGAAAUGAAUGCCUGGGCAUAAGCUGUGGUCGGGAUAUGUCGCCCUCACAGCAGCUCCCCCCUCUCCAUGCAGCUGAUGUGUCCAAAAAAAACAUAAUUAUAGUAUUUUAUUCAUCUCUGCCUGUGGUCCCAUCUGAGGCAUAGGCCACCAACCAGCUUCCUCCAGUCAUCUUGCUUCUGUGCUAGUCUACCUAACUCUCCCCACAUCUGCCCAUCUGAUUGGCAUCGCAGAUUAUUCCUUAGUCAUUGGAGUAUAUAAUAAGAUAACCAAACCAUUAAAUAUUUUUUGCUACAUUUUGGUGCUUGGAAUCACAAUUGUUAAAAUGAAAACUUUUUGUUGUAUUUCAUAUUGAAUUGUUAUACAUCUUAUCUUUUUUUUUUUAAUGAAAACUCAUUAUUACAGAUGAUUAUGAUAAUGGAAUUUGUUCAUGCCUCUGUCUUUCAUGUUUUGAAUGGUUUCAAUUAUUUUCUAUAAUAUUUACAAAAUAAAAAAGAUUUGUAAACAA